AUGUCUCGACUAGGAGAUUUCGAUUAUCUACACGGUACUAAAGUAACGCUUGAACAUUCUUCCCCCUCACCCAGUGCAACAUUUGUCCUCGAUGAUAAAUUGUCUGAAGAAUUCCAAACCAUGACACAGGAAGAACAUGAUGAUGACCUCGGCCAUCCGUUUGCGGCACUUAAUUUCUCAUGCCAUAACCUCCUCGACCCCACCCAACAGAGCUUUAUACGGUUCUACUAUCAAAUUCCGAUUGACGGUACUAUUUAUCACUCCCCUCAAGCUCGAGCUCAGCAAGCUCUCACUCAGCAUACCCACGCGGAUGUCAAGGCUCUCAUAAGUCCUUUACUUGGUCAUGGUGACCGGGUGCAAGGUGUAAGAGACUACGUCCCUGGAGGUUAUAUCAAUUAUGUCGUGUGGACGCGGGUGGCCGGUGAAUCUAUUAACUCCGUUCCUUACUGGAACGUGAUCUCGAAUACCGGGAGGAGAGAGCUACAAAAGGAUGUAUGGGCAUCGUCAAUUUGCUGUUUGAGGAAACUCAUUUAUGAUGAGGCCACCACUAAAUCUAUAUCCUACACCAUUAUCCGAUGUGACAUACGCAAUUUGGAGAUUGGUGAGGCCAGCUCACAGGGUGGACUGGAUGCGUGA